GAAAGCAUUGCCUUCUCGCCUUACACUAAGACGCACACACAUGCACACCUGUCACAACUCCUACAGUACAACAGGUUUCUGUUGAUUUCAGAGGCUGACACACAAGCAAGAGUUAAGGAUUCUCAAACAGACAUAUCUCCGGGUAGAAUGGAUGUCCACUGUCCUGUAUGUUUACAUGUAGCCACCUUUCCUGUGGAGACAAACUGUGGGCAUCUCUUCUGUGCUCCUUGUCUUAUAUCUUACUGGAAACACAGCUGCUGUUUAGAGGCUAUCAGCUGCCCUUUGUGCAGACAAAAGGUGAAUGUCAUGUUACAUCUGUUCCAUGAGAGCAGAUCAGACAGGAAGGAGACAGAGGUACUGGGCCAUGUUAGAGACUAUAAUAAACGCUAUUCCGGAGCACCACGAAGAAUUAGUGACUACGUCUUUGAUGCCCCUUUCUUCAUGCUGCUUUUGUUCCGUGCUUUGGGAAACAUGGGCGGUUUGGUGUGGCUCUUCCUGCUCAGAGUGGCAGUGUGUGGAUUCGGGGCAGCUGCAUCCUUUGUGUCUCCCUUAGAGGCUCUGCCUGGACACUUCAGUGGGGCAUUGGGGCUUUUAGAUGACCUAGUGGUAGUCUUUCUCCUCCUCAUCGCCAUGAUUAACAUCCACCAGCAGAUGGUGCCAGAGAGGACGACCAGGCAGCACACUGCGGAGCAUGGAAUACUCUCGGACAUGUUGUAACAUGGUGAGGAAAAGAUGCUGGAUAUCCGAGAAGCACCAUGAGAGAAUUCUUUUACAAAGGAGACAUGGGACUACCUGCAUCAUCUUUAUCAAACUCCAGCACCCAGCAAAUAUAAUCAACAGCGUGUUUGUGCAUCUUAAAGCAUAAAAAAACACCUCUAAGAGCAAAUUGUUAUGUCUGUAUCAGUGUUACACAUUGGUC